UCAAUUCGAUAAUAUAUAUUACCAUCAUUUUAUUUUAUUUUUUAUCAUGACUCUCUAAAAUUACUAUAUGCAACAUUCAUCUUUUUCUUUAUUUUUUGAUGCAAAAUUAAAUAUACAGAUGAGUAGCUUUUUUUGUUUCUACGUUGGUUGAGAAAUAAACUUGUUAUGCCUCACAACACUAUCAUAGGCUAUAAGCAGCCCAUUAGAUCUAAUUCAUCUAUCCUAGACAGAGGAGCCCAUGAAGGAGAAUUAUCCAUCACAACAAAAGAAAUUACCCAUUGCAAAUGAAGAAAAAUAUUCAGCUUAAUCAUAUGAUAGACCUUUUAUAUUUUAAAUAUAUGUUAUUCUUUUUUUGUUAUAACCUAUUCACAUCUAGACGGAUUGAAGAACAUUUUUUUGAAAAUUUAUAUUAUAUUUCUUUCACUUUUUGACGUCAUAUAUAAUAACAAUUAAUUCCUAUAAAUGGUUAAUAAAGAAAUAUAAAUAUAUUUUUUUAUUUUCCCACAUGGCAUCCCGGUCGAUACGUAGAUCCAUGUGGCAUAUCAUAUAGCAUCUUCCUUUAUCUGCGCUCAAUCUCAACCGUUGAUCUUGCUAUGUCAUCGCAUAUGAUGCUACGUGGACGGUCAGUUUUUAACAUCAAGAAAUUAAGACGUAUCUAACGUUAAAGCAUGAUUAGUAUACAUAAAGCACAAACAAGAGACUAAUUCGUCAGCUCAAAAGCCUCAGCGGAAGCCGCUUCUCUCCCUAUCCUUGACCAACCAUCGGAAUCACCUACCACAUUGCGUCGGACGGAGGAGAAGCCGCCGGCGAUCUCUCGUAGCUUCUCUCCGGAAGCAUCCUCCGCCUGCUAGCUUAUCGCCUGCGGGCAUCUGCUUCUCACAGGUCGACUCGCUUGGCUUAGGGUUAGGGGUUUGGUCAACCGAGUCGGUCCCCUAUUCAUCGCCCCUUCCUCUGACGAUGGAGAGCCAGCAGGGCUGGAAGAUGAGAUUCUCCUUCAAGAACGCCACUAUCCUCGUCUGCUUCCUUAAUCUCGUCGCCGUACUACUGCUUCUCCACGGAUUUUUCGCUGCCCCCAAGCGGAGAGCCACCGCCGGCCACCAAACUGAUCCGACACAACUAAGGUACAUUUUGGAGUCUGAAGAGAUUCGCCAUGCUAUGGAGCCAUUGGAAUUAAUCAAGAGGAUUAAGGAAAUCGAGCAAGAAGCAUACACUGAACCAGAGAGAGAGAUACAGCAAGUUCCAAAGCAGACUGCAGCAGUUGAUUUGUCGAAAAGGUUAAAAGAUAGGGCUAUGAAUGAUGUCAACAGCCAGAAAGCUCUGGAAGAGUGGCGGAUGCGGAAGAUGGAACGAGCAAGACAACGGGAAAUUGAGAAAAAUGGAACAUUGACAUCUUAGUUUGGUGGUUGCAUUUGAGAUCUAAGAAGAAUGCUGCUAAAAUGUAUACGUAUGUGCAUCAAAGCAGCGGCAGCUCUUUGAAGUUUAUUUAUAUUUACUGUCGGUCUGUCUGUAUUGGUAAUUUGAGUGAACACAAAUCAAGCUGUUAUUGUAAAUCUAAAGAUAAGGGACUUUAUAUGUAGUAUAUGUUCAACAGGACUUUAUAUAAUUGUGCUGUAAUUUCUUUUGACUGCUAAAAAUUAUAAAUAAUUGUUUUUAUA